UGCACUUUUAAAGCGGGAGACCCUUAGAACUUUCAUCUCUUUGUUGUUAUUUGGAUAACUGUUUUUAUUUUUUUACGGAUCGUUUUACAAUGAUAAGUGACAGUGAGUUACUCCGUACGGUUCCCAAGGUUGGGACCGAUCUUUUUUUCUGGAGGGAUGACAACGACAACAUAAAAGUUAAUGUUCUGACAGAGUUGGACAUUAAAAAGAAACUAACUCAAGUACACUUCUCUCUUCUAACUGACGGACAUGGUGAUAUGCGGGAUAUGACCGUAAAUAAGGGAGCUGCGGGUUACUGUCUUGUGAAGAGUACGACUUCGAUCGUUAAAAUGUUUAAUAGCGACGCUUUAGACCUUGACGGUUGUAAAGUAAAAGAACUAGAGGCACAAUGGGGAUGGAAGGUGAAUCCUGAGAUGACCUACUCGUUCCAUAUGUACACUGAUGAUGACUGGGUUGCUGAUCAACUCAAAUACCUUAUCCGAAGAAAGUUCGGCGUUGUUUGUGCCAACGCACCGUAUUCUUCAGAAGUGGUGUUAGCCGAACACAAGGAGAAAAUAUAUGAUCAUUUGAGACAAUUUCUUCCUCGUCUCCCUCAAAUCAGGGAAGAUUACUUCAACAACCCUCCUCCUCCUCCUCCUGAUAAAUUAGAAAACGCUCGUCCUGCCCCACCAUUACAAGAAAAACUCAAGUGUAAUUUGUGUGGUGCAGUUAUUUGUCUAACUUUUGCGGAACAUAUGAAUGUUAGCCAUUACUCUGGUCCCAAUGCACUAGAUUGUGAUCUUUGCCCUUGUACUUUUGAAACAGUUACAAGCAUGAAAAAUCACCGAUCCCGAAACCACGUAGGAGCAGAACCACAACAACGGAGUAAGUUUGGCAUUCGUGAUAUGAGUGCUGAGGUCAAACGAAAAUGUGAUGCCCAACUCGAGCGUAUCCCAUUGGGGGAAGGUACAACCAAAACAAAAUAUGGAUGUAUCUGGGUCCGAGAAAAUGGACAAAAAUGCGGACAAGUGUGUGUUGGAUCAACCAAUUCUCGAGAACACGUGUGCACCCAUUUACGACUAAAGCCGUAUACAUGCCCUUUGACAGGAUGUUCGUACGCCUCUGCGUCUUUCAAAGGCGUUGUCCGCCAUUACCAACAUGAAGGAGAAGAAGAAGACGAUGAAAAGUCAGAGGAUCAUGAAGAGGAAAAGUCAGAGGACCCUCCAAAGAAACAGAGGAAAUGUUAAGUUUAAAAAAAGUUGAUUAUCGGAACAUUAGAAUUUAGUUUCGACAUAUAUCAAUCACAUAGUAAGUAGCAUAUUUAAAUACCUGUUCAGCCCGCCUUGAAGACGUCGCGUGUCGGGCGAUUUUCUAAUCGUCGUCUCACAACCCAGUCCUGCAAGUUGAAAUUAGUGUUACAACAUUCACCAUUUAACGUAAGCAGACAGGAGGGAAGAGUGGGACACAGAUAACAAAAGUUUAUUUUUAAGUUUGCGAUAUCAUACCUUCAAGCACUUCGCUUUGUUCAAUUCCUGGUUGCACGCCACGGGCAAUGAUAGCAAUGCCUCUACGUCUGCAGACACUGCAACGCCAGGAGACCUGCAAAUAUUAAGACUUGUGUCACAGUUUACACUUUCUUUUUAGAAAUCAGAUGAUUCUUUCGUUAUGAAUAGUGUUGCACGAACGAUGACUCUUUGAUUUUGGACGUUUUUUUAGCAGCAAUGAAACGAACAACAGAAUGGAAUUUUUAAACUUUCUUCAUUUUUAUAAUGCUUUGUCUCAAUUAGAAGUUUAUAAAUACAUACGUUCCCUACCUAAGAGUUUACCCUUUCGAUCAAAUGCCAAAUCUAGCCUCCAUUUUAAUCAGAUAAUAUGUAUGCAUGAUCUUGCGUCACAAUGUGUUCAAUUUAUCUCAUCUUCCCAGAAACAAAUUUCCUCGUGUGGAAAAUUACCCAAUCCUACACAACGUGGGUGUCGAAAUUGGUAGCUAGCUAUCAAAUGUCACACAUUUUUAAGCAGUGGUGAAGAUUCUGUAACGAACGAGCCCACGAGGACUUUCUCAUCAUCGCCUUUGAACUUUCUAUUUAUAAUCAUCAGUCAUUUCUUUGGGAUGAAAUAUAAAAACGUGAACCUUGAUGAUGCCAAGAUAAAAGCUCACAAAUUUUUUACAAGCUUGGCUGCACAGUGACGACCAUUCACAGAAAUUACGCAUAUGCCUCAUACAAUUUCAGCAGAGGGAAGGCACAGUGAAUGGAGAGGAGAAAGCACUCCUGGAAUAAGACGCUCGUACAAAUGAAAGGACGGGGAACGCCUUUGGCUCCUUUCUCCUCAAGUCUUUCUCGUUACGUGGUGCGAGUCUUUCCUGCUCGACGUCCAACAGCAUCUGCAGCAGUUCAUUUCAGUAAUUUACUCAUCCUCCCGUCAUACAUAAGUCGCCCCCUCAGUCGCAGAAGGGCAGAGAGAAGUAGUGGACAUACAUACCUCGUAUGUAAAUACAUAUUUAGUUCUAGGAAUAGACAAGGAAAUAUUAGUAUUUUAAGGAAUGAGUCUCUCAGUCAGAGCAGAGUCCGAAAGCAGAGAGAGGCAAACUCUUGCUGGCCUUUCCAAGCUGGUGCAAAGAUGAAAGGGGUAAUUAAUUUAGGAGUGCACGAGUUGUGAGAAUAUUAAAGGACUAACUAAAUAUGAUUAAUAUUCUCAAUUAAAAGUCCACUUCAAAUCAUAUUUACUAUUCAUUUCUGUCCGAGAUGAAAGCGAAGCUGAUGUCUGCAAUUGCUCAAGAACCGGCUUUGAAACGAAAAUGAAAUUAUGUAGAACCCCAAUUAAAGACACCCUGAAUAUUUAUGAAGCUAGAAUAAAUAAAAUAAAAUGCUA